AUGGCGAAGCAUCAUCCUGACCUCAUCAUGUGUCGAAAGCAAUGCGGCAUUGCCAUUGGCCGCCUUUGUGAGAAAUGUGAUGGUAAAUGCGUGAUUUGUGACUCAUAUGUGAGGCCCAGCCAGCUGGCUCGAGUUUGCGACGAGUGCAACUACGGCAGUUACCAGGGUCGCUGCGUUAUUUGUGGCGGUGCCGGCAUCUCCGAUGCUUUCUACUGCAAGGAGUGCUGCCAAUGCGAGAAGGAUCGUGAUGGGUGUCCGAAGAUUGUCAACCUUGGUACUGCACGGACAGAUCUGUUCUACGAACGGAAAAAGUACGGAUUCAAGUCACGUUGA